AUGUGCACAAAUAAAAUAGUUUAUUAUGAUACCAUAAUUGAUUCUUAUAAUGAAAUUUUAUUAUUGGGUUUAAAGAGGAUAAGCCCCAAAGCAUUUUUUGUGAUAAAUGAAAUAGUUUACUUAAUUGAUUUUUCUCAAUAUAUUUAUCAAAGUGCAGAUCAUCUUGCGACGUGAAGCAAUAUCGGAGAAAGCGUAAUCCUGGCUAGUAAUGCGCCUAUUAUUUCAACUAUACUUAUUUAUAAUCAAAAAGUUUAUUUUGCUAAUUAUUAUGCAAUUUAUUCAUUCAGCCUAAUGAAAACGAAAAUAAAAAAAAUAAUAAAUCUGACCGAUUUCUAA